AUGGUGACCCUGAUUUGUGCGCUCGUUGGCGCAGAAGUCGGCGCAGAAGUCGGCGCAUUUCAUGUCGACAUUGAUGGAAGCAAACUGGUGGGCGAGUUGAAGGUGGAGAUCAAGGAGAAAGAGAGUAUUGCGUGCCCUACGCGGUUCAUGGAUCUCUUCCUGGCGAAGAAGGGAGACGCGUGGCUGCCAAGCGAUGAUCCAGCGGCGCGGAAACUGGCUAAGGGGGAGAUCGAUGAAGAAAUCGAGCAAUUACUGAGUGGAGAUCCGGUGGACCCGGCCAAGACGAUUCAAGAAGUGUUGGUAAUCAACCGCAUGACGCGGAGGAAGCGGAGAGCUCCGAAGGCGGUACAAAUUCACAUACUCGUUCGUUUUACGCUCUGGAAGCUUGAAAAGGCCGCGAGAUGA